AUGAGCACUGAAGAACCUGAAAAUACCGCACCAAUGGAAAACUCUACUGCCAGCAACACAGCUCCUGAAACACCACUUGAUACUGCAGAAGAAGGUACAGCACCACCAGCUGUUGACAAUACUACCACUACAGCAACCACUAUAAAUAAAGUUGAUUAUGAGGAGGAAGCUCACAACCUGGAAGAUAAAGCCUUACGAUUCCUUGCUAAGCAAACUCACCCGAUUAUUGUUCCAUCGUUUGCGUCCUGGUUUGAUAUCUCCACGAUACAUGAAUUAGAAAAGAGAUCUGUCCCUGACUUUUUCGAUGACUCUUCUAGAUUUAAGUCUCCAAAGGCUUACAAAGACACUAGAAAUUUUAUCAUUAAUACAUAUAGAUUAUCACCUUUUGAAUAUCUCACCAUUACUGCAGUAAGGAGAAACAUUGCCAUGGAUGUUGCCUCCAUUGUGAAGAUCCAUGCCUUCUUGGAGAAAUGGGGGUUGAUUAACUAUCAGAUUGAUCCUAGAUCUAAACCUUCGUUAAUCGGACCUAGCUUUACGGGUCAUUUCCAAGUCAUUUUAGAUACUCCACAAGGUUUGAAACCUUUAAUACCAUCUGAGGUUAUCCCUGAGGAAGAUUCCAAGAAGGAUGAAGAUGGUGAUAUAAGUAUGGAACAAAGCGCAAACGACGAAGAAAAUACCAUGGAAAAGAAAGUGAAAUUUAAACCUAGAGAGGAAUUUCCAAUCAAUCUGUCAUUAAGGAAAAAUGUUUACGAUUCCACUAAUGACUUUAACGCUUUACAAUCUCAUGAUAGAGGAUCCAGGCAAUUGCAUAAAACUUAUGUGUGUCAUACUUGUGGGAACGAUACUGUCUUGGUCAGGUAUCACAAUUUACGUGCCAAGGAUGCUAAUCUAUGUUCUAAAUGUUUCCAAGAGGGACAUUUUGGUGCCAAUUUCCAAUCUUCUGAUUUUGUUAGGUUAGAAAAUAACAGUACUAGCAAGAUCAAGAAAAACUGGUCCGAUCAAGAGAUACUAUUAUUAUUGGAAGGUUUGGAAAUGUACGAGGAUCAGUGGGAAAAAAUUGUGGAUCAUGUAGGUGGUUCAAAAAGUUUAGAAGACUGUGUUGAAAAAUUCUUAUCUUUACCCAUUGAAGAUAAAUAUAUAGAUGAUGUUAUUGGAAAUGCAAAACAAACGAGCUCGAAAUUGACUACGACAUCAUCGUCUACUCAAAUGGACACUGUAAAGGCUGUGGAUGCUACUAUUAAAUCCCUUCUGGACGGUACACAUAAAGACGUUUUGCAGGAAUCUAUCCCUGAGUCUGCUCAAAAGUUAUCUCAAAAAUAUCUUCAAGAAACUCAAUCGGUAGCACUGGAACUUGUAGACGUGACGUUAAAGAAACUUGAACUUAAAUAUUCCAAAUUAUUAAAGCUGGAAGUCAACUUGGAGAACGAGCGUCAAAGAUAUAUAAAGGAGACGGAGAAACUCUCUACGGACAGACUUUCUCUGAGUAAACAAGUUUCGGAAGUGAAUGAUGAAUUGUCUAAACUAAAUGUCUCUCAAAGAAUUGUAUUAGCUUCCGAGCAAGUAGAUUCAGGAAUUAAACUAGUGGAGAAGGAUCAGGAAGUGGAAGAAGAAAAGACUCAAUUGCAAUUGAAAUCUGAUGAAAAGAUAGAGGCCCUUUCGCAUUCGGAACCACAAACUUAUAAGGCAUGGUCGUUGUAA